CCGGCACGUAAACAUCAGCAGCGCCCUCUAUGGCCCCGUUUGGAAGCAAGACCCUGACAGCAACAAGGGGGAGGUCCAAUGAAGGCCCUCGAAGUGAUAGGGGUGACGUCAGUGCUGGUUCAUGGCGCCGCCGCUGCCGCCGCAGCCCGUCGCUUAUUCUCUUGCCGCCGAACGGAGAGAUGUGCUCGGCCACGAUGGACUAUCCACAACUACAAUAAUAGCAGUACCAGCCAUAGUGGUAGCAUUACGAGUUGUGCCGUUGACGGACGUGGUUCUAGUGUUCGUUCAUUCACAGAUUGUCUGUCUGUUUAUGAGUGGAGUGCCCUAUCGCAGCGCGUAGAGCAGUGACAGCAAUAUAAUUGGCAUCGCUUUGACUGAUGAAUGAACUCUGAGUAACGGGAUUUGUUCGAUAGAAGGAACGAAGCUUCGAACGACAAACACAACAAAGCCAAAAGACAAUAUCUGAUUAGGGAAAUCACUUCCUGAUACUAUAGUUAAUAAUGGCAGAGAACCGUGCUCCAAAGAGUGGACUCGCGGCUGAGGCCCAAAAAAAGCUACUUUCGAAAUAUGACGCCCAACUGGCCAGUGAAGUUAUGGAUUGGGUAAAGCGUAUUGCUGGCGUAGACUUCGAUCCCAGCGGUGAAAUGGACAAUGUCCAUGAAGUGCUGAAGGACGGGACAAUCCUCUGCAAGCUUAUCAACGUGCUCAAGCCAGGAUCUAUUCCGGAGAAAAAAAUCAACGCAUCCAAGAUGGCUUUUAAGUGUAUGGAGAACAUAAACCUGUUCCUUGAUAAGGCCAAGGAAAUGGGCGUUAUGGCUGAGGAGACCUUUCAGACUGUCGAUCUAUGGGAGAAGCAGAACAUCCUCGCCGUCGUCAUUUGCCUUCAAGCACUCGCGCGAAAAGCACCGAAACACGGCGUCGAAGGCAUCGGACCAAAGGAGGCUCAAGGUAACAAGCGCAACUUUUCCGAGGAAGUUCUUAAAGCCGGUCAGAACGUGAUCGGGCUUCAAUACGGUUCAAACAAGGGAGCUAGCCAGUCCGGCAUGAGUUUCGGAAACACGCGGCAUAUGUAGAAUACAAUACUGCCUAUCUGACAGGAUCCACUUCGAAGCGGAUGCCCAAUGCAAAGGAAAUUUCGGUGCCAACUCAUAACGAAGAUUGUUUUUGAUUAACUUGAACGUGCUUACCCUCAGAUAAAACCUGUAGUACAAACCUCGUAUUAGGGCGACGCGAUAAAGCAAACUAACAGUUUCCAUGUUGAAUGUUUACACACUUCAAAAUCAGCUAAAACAGUUUUGCAGCAUUUGUCCGCAUAUUAUCUUCAAAAGACGAAAAGGAGAAGAUGUGUGCCUUUCAUAUAAUGCCGAAGCUGUCAAAAGUUGCAUAAAUUUAAUUAAACGUUUCUCGCUUACCGUUGGCUAUGAAGUAACUUCUUUGAUACCAGUCUGCACAGUUUAUGCAAAUGAGGUUGCGUCCAAUUAUCCGCUAGGUGAGGUCGCCUUGCAACCCGUGGGGCAGAUUUCCCUCUGUGAUUUUUAUGGAUGGAGCUUUGAUCGGGACAUAGCAAUGAAGCCUUGCAUAUCCGAGUGAUUUUCGCAUUUACACCGACUUUAUUUAUUUACAAAGACAUCCAACGUUUAAUGAAAGGUACUUCUAGGCUUCCUUACUUCUACCACUGGAUCUAUAAUAAGGUAUGUAAAAUCGUAAGUACUACAGGUGGAUGAUUUAAUGCGAGAUAGCGAAUCUGUUUUGAAUUUCUUAAUUCAAGACUCAAAAGAAAUAGUUAUCAGAAUCUAACCAUAAAAUACAUGUCUGCCGUAGUUAUACUUAACUCAAUGAAGCAUGUUGAGUGGUAUUCGAUUGAUAGCCCCUUUUUUACGUUAAAAUUUAUUUUUUUUAAUAAAAACCAGUGUUAUUUAUCAUUUAGAGAGCGCCGUACAUGCACUUCGUUGUGCCUCAUCUGCACGAUUAUUCCAAUUACUCGAUGAUAUUGUUGGAUUUCCCCCGUUGCUUAUGUUAUUCAAAAUGCAUUUAAACGCAAGUGGUAGAUCAAAUACACGCUAACUAAGUAAUUUAUCGAGUAAAUAUCUGUAGUUACCCGCAUAUAAACAAAUAAACAAAGGAAAUAUAAAAAAUUA